CAGUUCGUCUAUAUAAGCUUUGGAUGCGUGAGGUCAACUUGUCAGUUUAGCUUCUGUUAUAGCCCUCGAUUAAGCUUAUAACGGAUUAGAAGUCGAGUGAAUAUUCUAAUAUUUAACGCGUUUUCGUUUUCUUAUCGAUAGAGGUUAAGUUAUUCAGAAUGGGUUUCCGCUGUGCGCUAUUACUUGCGUUCGCAGUUGUUUAUGCAACGGCAUCAACGGUUAAGCCAGAAGAGCGUAAAUGUGGAGUUUAUAAACCAGGCGGCUUAGUCAAGGCAAAUGGUACACCAGAUCCGAAACACGCUGGCUUGGGAGAAUUCCCAUGGACCGUUGCCAUUUUCAAAUCAAAUGUCAUCACCUGCGCAGGAUCUCUUAUCCAACCCAAUGUUGUACUAACAGCUGCCCACUGCGUAAAAGAUGUAAAGAAGGAGGACUUGAAGAUCAAGGCUGGUCUCUGGAAUGUGAAUACCAAAAACCAACAGUACCCAUCGGAGGAACGUGCAGUGUCACAGAUUGUCUCUCAUCCUGAAUUUGUCAAUGAUGGAAAGCAAAUUAAGAACGAUAUUGCUCUCAUUGUUUUGGAGAAACCCUUCGAUCUCGCUGACCAUAUUGGUCUCGCUUGUGUUGCAAAGAAGGAUCACGUUGAGAAAUCGAAAGUUUGCUAUGCUGCCGGCUGGGGAAAGGAAAGCCAAGAUGGCAAGGCUGCUACCGUACUGAAAAAGAUGUUGCUUCCAACAGUGACCAAAGAGGAUUGCGAGAAGAAACUCAAGACGAAAACACCAAACUUCACAGUUCCUGACAAUGCAAUCUGCGCAGGAGGAGAUAAGGCCAGCACUUGCAUUGGUGACGGAGGUGCAGCUCUGACUUGCCAAGUUGAACCACCCACGGAAAACCGAUACGUACAGUCUGGUAUCACCUCAUCUGGUGCAGGAUGCGUAAAUGAAAUUCCUGGAGUUUACACAAAGGUCGCCGCAUAUCGGGACUGGAUUGAUGAACAAGUUCGAAAACUCGGCCUUGAACCGAAACGCUACACUAUCUAGGCUACCAAAUUUCAUACAAAUUAUUUAGAAAUUUCGUUCGUAAUUGAUGAUAAUUAUGUAUAAAGUUGGCACAGAAGCGUGAAUAAAAGUGAAUUGCAUUGUAAAAAGCA